GCCCGCCACCGCCGGCGCGCACCGCGCCUCCGCCCGCGUCCCCCCAAUUUCCCCCCCGGCCCCAGCUCCUGUCAUCGUUUUCCCCCUCCUCCUCUUCCUCCUCCUCCUCUUCCUCCUCCUCCGCCCAUCACCGCCACUACGAACGCCUUCGCCUCCUUCUACACCUCGCGCCGCCGCCUCGGCUCCUAGCGCUCCUCUCCGGCUUCCACCAGCCCAUCGCUCCACGCUCGCUUGGCUGCUGCAGUCUCGGUCUCUCUCUCUCUCUCUCUCUCCCUCUCUUUCUCUCUCUCUCUCUCUCUCUCUCUCUCUCUCUCUCUCUCUCUCUCUCUCUCUCUCUCUCUCAAGUUUCCUAUCUCGUCAAGAUCAGGGCAAAAGGAAGAAAACACCGAAUUCUGCUUGCCGUUUCAGAGCGGCGGUGAUGAAGACAAAAUUGAACAUCUACAACAUGCAGUUCCUGCUUUUUGUUUUCUUGGUGUGGGACCCUGCCAGGUUGGUGCUGGCUAACAUCCAAGAAGAUGAGGCUAAAAAUAACAUUACCAUCUUUACGAGAAUUCUUGACAGACUUCUGGAUGGUUACGAUAAUCGGCUUAGACCAGGACUGGGAGACAGUAUUACUGAAGUCUUCACUAACAUCUACGUGACCAGUUUUGGCCCUGUCUCAGAUACAGAUAUGGAAUAUACAAUUGAUGUUUUCUUUCGACAAAAAUGGAAAGAUGAGCGUUUAAAAUUUAAAGGUCCUAUGAAUAUCCUUCGACUAAACAAUUUAAUGGCUAGCAAAAUCUGGACUCCAGAUACCUUUUUUCACAAUGGGAAAAAAUCAGUAGCUCAUAAUAUGACAAUGCCAAAUAAGUUGCUUCGAAUUCAGGAUGAUGGGACUCUGCUGUAUACCAUGAGGCUUACAGUUCAAGCUGAAUGCCCAAUGCACUUGGAGGAUUUCCCAAUGGAUGCUCAUUCAUGUCCUCUGAAAUUUGGCAGCUAUGCAUAUACAACUUCAGAGGUCACUUAUAUUUGGACUUACAAUGCAUCUGAUUCAGUACAGGUUGCUCCUGAUGGCUCUAGGUUAAAUCAAUACGACCUGCUGGGCCAAUCAAUUGGAAAGGAGACAAUUAAAUCCAGUACAGGUGAAUAUACUGUAAUGACAGCUCAUUUCCACUUGAAAAGAAAAAUUGGGUAUUUUGUGAUUCAAACCUAUCUGCCUUGCAUCAUGACUGUCAUUCUCUCCCAAGUUUCAUUCUGGCUUAACAGAGAAUCUGUGCCUGCAAGAACUGUGUUUGGAGUAACAACUGUCCUAACAAUGACAACUCUAAGCAUCAGUGCUCGGAAUUCUCUCCCCAAAGUGGCUUAUGCAACUGCCAUGGACUGGUUUAUUGCUGUUUGUUAUGCAUUUGUGUUCUCUGCCCUAAUUGAAUUUGCAACUGUUAAUUACUUCACCAAAAGAGGAUGGGCUUGGGAUGGGAAGAGUGUAGUAAAUGACAAGUCCCCUUCAAUAAAAGCUGAAGGCAUUACAUUAACAUACAACUCAGUGAAAGCAAUUCUUCAAGGAGCUAAGCUAAUAUGGUCCAAGUAUAUAGCUUUCUCAUGGCCCAGUUUAUUCCAAGAAAAGACUUUAGAGUACUUAGAGAAGUGGAUGGACUGUUUAACCUUCAAACAAUCUUCUAAAAAAGAAAAGGCUUCCGUUAUGAUACAGAACAACGCUUAUGCAGUGGCUGUUGCCAAUUAUGCCCCGAAUCUUUCAAAAGAUCCAGUUCUCUCCACCAUCUCCAAGAGUGCAACCACGCCAGAACCCAACAAGAAGCCAGAAAACAAGCCAGCUGAAGCCAAGAAAACUUUUAACAGUGUUAGCAAAAUUGACAGAAUGUCCAGAAUAGUUUUUCCAGUUUUGUUUGGUACAUUUAAUUUAGUUUACUGGGCUACAUAUUUAAACAGAGAACCUGUAUUAGGGGUCAGUCCUUGAAUUGAGACCCAUGUUAUCUUUGGGAUGUAUAGCAACAUUAAAUUUGGUUUGUUUUGCUAUGUACAGUCUGACUAAUAACUGCUAAUUUGUGAUCCAACAUGUACAGUAUGUAUAUAGUGACAUAGCUUACCAGUAGACCUUUAAUGGAGACAUGCAUUUGCUAACUCAUGGAACUGCAGACAGAAAGCACUCCAUGCGAAAACAGCCAUUGCCUUUUUUAAAGAUUUACCCUAGGACCUGAUUUAAAGUGAAUUUCAGAUGACCUGAUUAAUUUCCUAUUCUUCUAAAUGAGAUGAAAAUGGGGAUCCUGUACAACCCUUUGUGGACCCUUUUGGUUUAGCUCUUAAGUAGGGGUAUUUUCUACUGUUGCUUAAUUAUGAUGGAAGAUAACAUUGUCAUUCCUAGAUGAAUCCUUUGAAGUAACAAACAUUGUAUUUGACAUCAGCUCCGUUCAUGAGUGCUCAGAGUCCCUGCUAAUGUAAUUGGAAGUUUGGCACACAUAAGAAAAACUAGAGAUUUGAAAUCAGCUAUGAAUUACUAAAGAUAGUAUCUAUAGCCAUGUACAUAUUACAGCAUGACAAGCUCAAAUAAUUAUGAGUCAGCCCGACAGGAUGUUAAUUAUGCCUACGAUGUAAUAACUAUUGGAAUGUCAUGGUCAUUACAUUUUUAGCUUCAGAGUUUAUUUGAAAGUAAUAAUUGAAAUCCUACAAUUUAUUUUAAUCAUUGGAAACUACCUUAAUUAAAAAAAAAAGAAAAUAAAUGUGUCUUAGCAUUUCCAGGUAUGUGUUGUAUUGAAAUUGAUCAGCUAAAUUUUACUGGUGCUGGAGACUGGAAAAAGCAUCCAGUUUGGUUGCUGUGGAGCAACAUGCAUAUUGGAUUAGAAAACUGUGCCAAAAACUCCCACUGAUGAGAAUUCAUAGGUGCCCCACACUAUGACAAGCACUUAUAUGAUUCUCCUCUUUCCUGUUUACUGCAAAUUCUGCCUUAAGGCUUCUUUUCAAGACUCAGAAGCCACUAAUUAUAAAGGAAAGGGCAGUUAAUUGGCACAUUUUUCUCUUGUGAAAGCAGUUCUUUCAGAUAAGAAUUAAUGUAAAUCUGCUUUUGUAAAUUGCAACUUUAAAUUUCGCUGACUCAAAUUUACAACAGCUUUGUAUACCAGAAGAGGUUUUGGUAAGGGUUGAACAUUUUUACACUGCAACUUUAAAACAUCACCAAUAGAUUGUGGAUUAUUUCACGUGCACAAACAUACACACACCCACACACACACACACACAUACACAGCUAAAUUAGAAACCACAAUUUUAAAUUUUAUAUAAUUACUAGUUAUUAAUGGGUAAAAUUCAUUUUUCUUUUAAUAUUUUAAAAUAUUAUUUAUGCCCCGAAAUAUGCUAAUAAAAGUUAAAGAUUGUGUAUUAUGCCUAGAUUCAAAGUUUUUGGCAAACCUCAAAUACUUUUGAUUGACAUGUACAUUAGCAGUUAUUAGUUGACUUUUACUAAAACAUGCACCUUUACGAUGGUGUUUUUAUAGAAGCAUAAGUAGUCAAAUAGUAACAUUUAUUGCAGUUUUGUACAGUAUUUGAGUAUAGUGCAUAAAUAGGUAUGUUCAUUAAAUCAAUAAAAGGAGUAUCUAUGGAAAUAAGCAAAAUAUCAGCAAAAAUUGCUAUUCCUUUGCCUCAUUUAAUUUUUUAAAUUUUCUUUGUUUCCAUGUGAUUCUAUUAUAUGCUUUGCAUGCUUGUAUAAAACCAAGGUCACAAAUGCAACUUAUUAACGGAAUUUGCCAAGAAGACAGCCUUGACAUUAAAAAUUCCCUCACAAGAGGUAAUCCAUAAUCCUUAAUAAAAUAAAAUUGUUACAUGAGCCAAUAAAUGUAUUUCUUUAAUUCCCUUCCCAUAACACUUUCUUUGUCACCUAGUUUUAAAAUGUGCAUUUAUUCAUACAUUGAAAUAGAAGAUAUCCUAUUUUCUUAUACAUUUAAAUAUAGCAUAGCUCUUCUGUAUAGCUUAGGGAUGUGUGCAAUUGUAUAAGGAAGUACACAAUGCCAGAAGGCAAGCAAUGAAAUUGCUCUAUAUGGUAUGCAUUAUUAGAUACUUUAAGAAUAUUUGUCUUGUAAAGUCCGCAUUGCCCCCUUAAUGUCUGACUACAAGUUAUAAAUUUAUAAAUAUGUGUAUAUGUAAAAACCGUUGUAAAUAACAGUUUCUGUAUGACCACAGAAAAGGCUCAUCUAUACUUUGGGCAAAGAGCUGCUACUAUAUUGAUGGCACCAGUAUUAUUAGCAUUUAUGGCAGAUUGACCAGAAAACUUAUCACUGUUAUUCUUAUUUUAAAUUUCAUGUGGUAAAAUUUUGUUUGAGUGCAAUGACAUUCUGGCAGUUCAGAUUUUUCAGUGAUAGGGAUCAGAAUUCUUUGUUAUUUCUUUAAACUUUGAUGUACUUUUUACAUAUUUCUUCUUCUUUUAAUGUUUAAAUAAAUCAAAAGGAGCUUCUGCUCUUGUGGGGAGACUAGGGAUGCUCCGUGGAAAUUGCUUUUAAAUGAUAGAACAAGAUUCUUAACAAUUAUUGUCCUUUCCAUGAACCAAUUUAAAAACAAAUUUAAAAGGAUUUUAAUUUAUCACAAUAAGGCCAAUUUUUCAGAAAAUACAUUUUGUAUAUACUAACACUGAUCUCUUUGGCCCAUAAGAUUAUACCUAUUUUAUGCAGUUGUACAAUGACAUAAAGAGUUAUGGUAUGUACAAAAUGUAGAUAAAUACAUGUACAUAUAUAGAGAUAUAAUCUCAUUAUUUUGUAGCUACUACUCUGAUUUAACUAAUAUUUAUUCAAAAAUAUUUUUUACCUCCUGUGCCAUGCCCUGUAAUUGGUGUUAAUAUCACUCAUGUCACACCCACUGAAUUUAGUUGAAAUUUUAAGUGCAUCUCAUUCUUAUAAUGACUUGAAAUUAAAGACUAUAUAAAACAUGUAAAUUAAUUUAGUACUGGGAGUUCUUUAAUGAGCUAUGAUGCCACUAGUGUGCUAAGAUGGGUGGCUGUUUUUCUCUUUUCUCCUGUUCAUGUUCCCAUGUGUUUGAUUAUAAAAUGGAAGAAAUAUAACCAUUUAAUAUAUAUUUUUAAAAUUUUAGUGAUUUUAGUAAGUGCCAAUCUUAAUGUUUAGAAAUCUUUUCAGGGAUCUCUCUAUUUUGAAUUUAUCUCAGGUUUGGAUAAGUGAUCCCCUUGAGCCAUGUUUCUAAAUUUUUUUUCUUAAAUGGUUCAUAGUUUAUUUUUAAAAACAACCCAGAAUCUAUUAUUUUACUCUCAUUAUUUGGUAAGUAUAAUUUGCAUUUAUGUGGCUCUUUUUGAAUUCCUGGUUGAGGGACACAAACCCUGCCAUGAUAUAAUCAUGGAUUCCAGAAGAGCACCAAAGCUUUAUAGGUACUUUUCUUUGUCAUGGCCGGUCAUCAUUCCAAUGAAAGAAGAAAGGAAGUAGCUCAAGUCACCUUCUGCAUUAUCAUGGUUCUUUGGCAUCCAUUAAUAAUUUGUUUAAUGUAUUCUAUGCCUGAUGCCCUCAGACACAUGUCUGUGAAACACAGACAUAUUUAUUAUUUACUUGGAAAUAUGAGGUUAUGUUAAUAGAUUUACUAAACAGAUUAUUCUUGUUAUUAGUCUCCUGGCACACUGACAUUCAUCUGCAUGUUUUUGAAGCAAUGACCAAAUUUUUUAUCAUAUGAAAACAUUCAGAAUUUUAAGGGGAUUACUACCUGACCCACUGCUACCCUAUAGUGCCAUUCGUUUUCCUUUUAAUUGAGGUCCCAUAGGCACCUCGUGCUUCCCUUUUAUUAAUUUAAAGUAUGCAGAAGUGUAAAAUUUUAACUGGGGAGGGGUGCAGUUAUUUUUGAUAUCUGCAUGCUUGAGAAACAUGGACACUAUGCCAAAACCACUUGUAACAGUGUGGAGAAGACAAGUCAUAUUUUUAUCUACUGAAUUCAUGCUUUAAAAAUUAAAGUAAAGAUUUAACAUAAUAAUUUAAUAUCCAUAAUAUUUUGCUGUUAAAAUUUAUAUUAAAGAUAUUAAUAUUUUCCAUCAGUAUUUAAGAGCUCAGAAUUACUGAAAAGAAGAAACCACAGGAAACGUGAGACUGUUGUUAAUUAAACCAAGUGAAGCAUUUUUCCCUUUUUAACUUCUGAGAAAAUAGAUAAAUUAUACAUAUGUAGACACACAAAUAUUUUAAGAGUCGUUAUUCUAUCAUAGUAAGCAUCAUAACUAAAAUACUAAAGUAGAGAAAGUUCAUGUGAAAGUCAUUUGGGAAGGUAAUAAAUUAUUCAAUAUCUACUUAUAAAUAUUAUAUAUCAUAAUUUUGUUUUUUUGCUAAAAUUCUUAAUUAUCAACAUAUCUAGACCACUGUGUCUUCUAUCUUGUUAAGUUGAAAUAUUCUAUUUUUGUUUGUUUAUAUAUGAAGAAAUACUUAUAAAGGUAAUUAUACAUCCCAUCUCAAACUACUCGAUGAUGUAUUUAAUACAUAACAUUACCUAAUAUUGCCAAUAAGAAAAAACAAUUUACAGGUUUAUGUUUCAGCUUACAGUAAUGUUCCCAAAGAUCUUUUAAAAAGGUCUUAGCUGUGUGUGUCAGUGAUGUGUGUAUGUUUGUGAGUGUGUAUGUGUGUAAUUCCUAGGUAUGUAUGGAAUAAUGUUUUGAGAAAUUCAGAUAAAUUUAUGAUAUCUAAACAAUUUGUUUUAUUAAUGGAUCUUAUCACAAAUUCAGCUCUUAUUAAACUAGCAAUUAACUUGCACACUAGAACACAUUUUUCAGUAAAUCCAUAACAAACUUAUUAAUUAGAAUUAGGUUUGAGUUAUGCAUAUGGUUAAAAAUAUAUUUUCUAUGUUGGUGUAAACUUUUUCGAAUAUUUCUAGUUUUUUUUUUAAAGAUUAAAUUCAAAAUGAUCUUGCAAUUCUGCUUCAUGAGAUAGAAUAAAAACAUCUUUGAAUGCCAGGUUUCUCAACGGAAGCUUGUGUAAGCUCUUUUAAAAGUUAAAUAUCUGGUUAUUUACAAAUACAAAGUUAUGUAUAUUCAUUACUGGUUUGUUUCAUACCUUUUUGAAUUGGAAUGGUUCAGAGUAUAAUUCUUACAGAGAGUCCAUCACAUACUAGUCAACGUUCUAAGUUUUUUAUGCAUAUUAGUUCAUUCAGUCCUCACAGCAGCCAUCAUCACUGUGUGAUUCUUGAAGCUCUGGAAAUCUAGGAUUUCUAUAUAGUACACCAACAUACCAGUUUACAUAUAUUAUAGGAAAGGUAAACGAAACAAACAAACAAACAAACAAAAACAACAAAAAAACCAAAAACCUGUGUUUUUUCUUUGCUUUAAUUCAAAUUUAUAUUCAUGCCUUUUGGGGAAUAUUCAUUCAAUAAGGGAGCCAUUACAUGGUUUUCUACAUAACAAAACAAACAAGUAAAAAGCAAACACUCAACAAUAAAACUGUACUGUACAGUAAGCAAUGCCCGUUUUUGUGAUGCUAGCUAUUUACUAACUUUGGUACAAUUUAGUUUCUGGGAAUAUAUUGCAGUUUUCUUUUUUGGUUCACAAGUAAUGAUCACGUAUUAAAAAUGAUUAAUGUCGAUUAAGCAAAAGUAAGCACCUCAUUUCUUUUUUUUCUAAUUUUGCCAGUUUUAUUAGUGGUUGGAGAGAUGUGUUUUCAUUUGUCAUAUUGUUGGUUUCAUCACAUUUUCCCAUUGGGCUUCAAGGAUUAUGUACUGAUUUCAUCAAACAUUUUGUUGUAAGUUACCGUUUAUAGAAUGACGCCUGAAUUGAUCCCAAGGGAUGCCACCGGUGGGAUUUCAAUUGCUGAAUUAGCUUAGUAGGUUUGAAAAUGUCAGUUUUCCAUGCUUCUUUUUAGAAGACUUUGCCAUAACAUGAUGCCAAAAGGCAAACUAUAUUGCAUUGGCUAUAUAAACUAUAUUAUUGGCUAUACAUGAAUAUUUCCAACAAAGUUUAUUUGUAAAAACAACUGAUGCUAAGAAAGCAAGAGUUAGUUGCAGAAUUACUUUAGAAAUAGUACUGAUAGAUUUGUUCAGAAUUUAUUUUUAACAUAUUCGACAUAGACGUUGAAGCAAUUGAUUGUGCUUUAAACUGAUCAUAAUGUGUAAAAAGGUGUAACGUAUAAUUAGAAAGACAUAAGUAAAACUCAAUUAUUGAGCCACAAUUUUCAUGAAUUAAACUUUACCAUCCACAGUUAAGUCCUUAUUGCUUGUUAAUCUUGGGUGCCUGCGCUACACUUGAUUUUAAAAUUGUUGGUCUUCGAUAAAUUUUCAAGAUUUUCCUGAGCAGAUACAAAUUCAGGUUUUGAUGUGCUUCAAACUAAAGAACAUCACCUUUCAUGAAAUGUUUCCAGUAGAUGUGAUGUGAGGAAAACUUUAAAAAAUGUCAUACUUAUUGCUACAUUUGAAUAGAAAAUAAAAGGAAUAAAGUAUUUUUCCUUUGCUACAAAUUAAUAAUACGAUCACAUGCAUAGAGAAUGUGAGGAAUCUCCAACACUGAAUUUGAUAGUCACAUUAUGUGAAAUUUGAAAUUUUCUGGGUGACAGUAUACUUAUUGGUAGGUUUUCUGGUUCAUGAAAAUAACUCAAGAACUAAUAAUAUUUGUAAUUGUGACCUUGUUGUAAUUGGGAAAGGCCACUAGUUGAUCAUAUGACCUUUAUUGAAUAUGUCAUGCUUGCUGUUUAAAAAAUUCCUAACUAAUCACAUGCAAAUUAAUGCUAAAAAACUUUUUUGUAUUUAUUAAAAAUGAUUUAAAUAUAUUUGA